AAGAGAGCAGAGACAGCUGCAAAGACGGAGCUUUAGGUUUUACUCUAUUCUGCUAAUUCAAAUCACAGCCUGAGAAGAUGGAGAAUGGCACAGAAGGCAAGAACUUCUACAUCCCCAUGAACAACAGGACGGGGCUGGUGAGGAGUCCUUUUGAGUAUCCACAGUACUAUUUGGCAGAUCCAUGGCAAUUCAAAUUAUUAGCUGCGUACAUGUUCUUCCUGAUCAUCACCGGCUUCCCAAUCAACGGUCUGACACUGGUGGUCACAGCUCAGAACAAGAAGCUCCGGCAACCUCUCAACUAUAUUCUGGUGAACUUGGCGGUAGCAGGAUUGAUCAUGGUCAUCUUUGGAUUCACGGCCACCAUUUACUCUUCUAUGGUGGGCUAUUUUGCUAUGGGACCCUUAGGCUGUGAUAUGGAAGGUUUCUUUGCUACGGUUGGAGGUCAAGUAUCACUAUGGUCUCUUGUGGUCUUAGCUAUUGAGAGAUACAUAGUGGUCUGUAAACCAAUGGGUAGUUUUAAAUUUACUGCCACCCAUUCUGCAAUUGGCUGUGGAUUUACCUGGGUGAUGGCUCUCUCCUGUGCGGGUCCUCCUUUGGUGGGCUGGUCAAGAUAUAUUCCUGAGGGUCUUCAGGUAUCCUGUGGACCUGACUAUUACACCUUGGCCCCAGGUUUCAACAACGAAUCCUACGUGAUGUACUUGUUCUCCUGCCACUUCUGUCUCCCUGUCUUCACAAUCUUCUUCACAUAUGGGAGUCUUGUGAUGACAGUCAAAGCUGCCGCAGCCCAGCAGCAGGACUCAGCUUCCACUCAGAAAGCUGAGAGGGAAGUGACGCGUAUGUGCGUCCUGAUGGUUGUCGGCUUCCUUCUUGCCUGGGUCCCCUACGCUUCCUUUGCUGCGUGGAUUUUCUUUAACAGAGGAGCUGCCUUCUCAGCUACAGCCAUGGCCAUUCCUGCCUUUUUCUCCAAGAGCUCAGCAUUAUUUAACCCAAUUAUCUACAUUCUGAUGAACAAACAGUUCCGUAACUGCAUGCUGGCAACAAUUGGAAUGGGUGGCAUGGUUGAGGAUGAGACCUCAGUGUCAACAAGCAAGACGGAAGUCUCCACUGCAGCUUAAUGAUUACAGCUACAUAUCUUCAGACAACCUCCUUCCUUAUGUUUUCCUAAUUCUGCGUGUUACGGACAUGGAAAUAAAGAAAUGGAUUCAAGGCAAACUUUGCUGCAACAAAAGGACUUUAAUUUCUGAAUACUGGCCUGUGACGUUUUGCUGCACACAUUUAUGAGUAUAUAAAAAUGAUUAAAAAAACAACAAAAACAAAUAAAUAA